AGUGAGAACCGCGCUGUCACGUGAAUAUAGCGUUCUGCACAGCGGCGGCGGAAAGCUCCAACGAAGACGAGUGCGGAGCUCUAUAGAGGGACGAGACACGCGAGACAAGAUGAGUGGAGUCAGGCCGAAGAGAGGUAUGGGGCCGGAGAGACCCAGUCAGAAAAAGGAGCCCGCUAGGGCGUCCACGGCGGACGUGACGCCCAGGGACUCCACCGAAUCGUCUCCUGCACUCACCGACAGACCGUUCCUAGAGAGAAGAGCACCCGUGAGUGGCCAGCCAGUUCGCGAGCUUUGAGUGUGUUCGCCGUAGCCGCGCAUCUAGAAUUUCCGUCUCGUGCUAGUGCUUUGUAAGCCACACCCCCCAUUUUCGGGGGCAUAGUUGGUAUGCCAUGCCUCCCUUUUCGCAAACUCUAUCCCAGGCCUUCUCGCUCCCUUUUAAUAAUAGCACUUUGCUAUGGAUCAAGUCUAUAUUGUGCAUAUGUGGACACUCCAAAUAGAUGAUGCCUCUUUAUAAGGGACACUCAUUUCGUUCCUGUACUAAAAUACUUGGUAGUAGUGUGUGUUUUUAAUUAACCUCUGUCUUGCAUAGUACUUCACUUUGCAGUCCAACUCUUUGUUUCAAGCAUGGGAAAGUGAAGUGUUAUUCUUGUUGUGUGUCCGUCUGCAGAAGCUCCUCAUGUUAGCUGCCACCAUUGUCGUCGGAAUCAUGUUCAUUCUGGCUUUUUCAUUCUGUCUGGCUUUUGGGAUAAAAAACAAGCAGCCCCGCUAUUUCCUUCUCCUCAUCAAUAUCAUACUAAGCACAGGCGUUACAGUGUUAUUGAUAUUCUGGUACUACAGACGGAUUCUCCAGCCGGCCCUCAUCUGGUACGUAUUCCUCCAGUGUCUGUUUCUCUUUUUCCAGUGUGUCACCACGGACAUCUUUGCCUUCUACGAGUCUCCAAUCACCCACACUACUGAGACCCCUUCGACGCUAACAGCACCGUUGACAAAUCUAACCAACUCGUCGCCUUAUCAUAACAACAGCACCAUAGCAAUAGCCCGGUGGCCCAUAUCUCGUUGACACACACCCUAUAAUAAGUUUGAUUAUGGUACAUAGUUGUGUGUGUGCUAAUUUACUUUUAAUAUCGUGUAAUGUUAGAUUUUGUGUUGUGCGAAAAAUGUAAGAGA